UAACACGAGUUCGGUCUCGCUCUUCUCCCUUAACAACCAACACUUUUUCAAGUAUAAAUUUCUAUUCAAAUAAUGCCAGCUCCAUUGAAUUUAUCAGGUCCCUGUGUGAUAUGUGGUCAGCCAUCUCAUGGCCGUCAUUUUGGAGUUCUCAGCUGCAGAGCAUGUGCCGCAUUUUUCAGACGAGCCGUGAUGCGCAGUGCAAAAUCGCAGGAUAUGGUGUGUGAACGAGAAAGUUGUUCGCUGAAAGAUAGGAUACAAUGUUGCAAAAUUUGCCGAUUGAAAAUGUGCUACGACGCGGGGAUGGAUCCGAAUAAAUUCCAAACUGGUCGAGACCUCAUUUCUUCCUCAUCACGAAGUUCUAAUCUAUCCAGUGUCGGCUCUCCGCAGAGCCUGGCAAACUUCCUCGGGCGGCCUGAACUGAUUUUAUUUUGCAGUCCAGAUCGAGCAUCUUCAUCAAAAAUGAUUGUCGAUGUCUCUUAUCUCUUCGAGGAAAUGAUGAAAGUUUAUGAGACCCCAUCGUGUCUUCCGUCUCCUUGCCAAUUUGAGAACAGUUUGGAGAGAAUGACUUUUGAAAUGGAAGACUUGAAUUCAAAACGAGAAAUUCCUAAUCUUCAAUUCCAAACAUCAUUUGACAAAAAUUCGUUCACACGAUUCUGGGAGAAUUCUUUUCUAAAAACUGCCCAGUGGUUCUCGACGUUUGCAGAAUUUCGAGAGUUGGACACAAAAAUCAAGACUGACAUACUGAAAUCAGCGGGCGGCCUUUGGAUUCGUUUGGAGAGAAUGUCUGAAACUUCUGUGCAACGAAGGAAACAAAACUUUGGUACCAAUGUAAUGAUGUGCGGGGAGGGGAAAUGUGUGAAUGUAAAUGAAUUUGACAUGGAUCUUUCCUUUUGCACACACCAUUCAAUGGAUCAAUUGAAGCCUUUUCUCCUUGCCGGGAUCAGCAGCUGGGACGCUAUUGUAGAUGCUCUGAAUCUCUUGAUUCCAACGAAUGUUGAGCUCAACUACAUGUUCAUUCAACUCUGCCUCAAGCCAAUGCUAAGGAAAGUGGAAGGACAUGACCUAGAAAUCAUUGAAAAAAUCCUUCAAGUUCAAGCAGACAAUCUCCAUAACUACUACAUGAAAACAUUGCGAACCACUCACUAUUCGGACCGCUUGACAAAAAUGAUGAGAAUUAUUCAGUUGCUGGAAGCCUAUAUUCGGGAGCUGAAAGAAAAAGCUCACAUUGCAAAGGUGUUCGACGUAUUUUCAAUCGAGUUUUCGCAUCCAGAAAUGUUUGAAUAUUUUUAACAUGCUCCACCCCACUGUACAACUAUUUAUAUUGCGGGUAGCCAAUCUAGUUUAUAAAAAAUCGAAUGUUCAUGUCUUCAUUUGUUCUUCAUAAUUAACUAAUGAAAAAACAAGAGAUCA